AUGAAAUGUAAGGUAGCUUUUGAAACAUAUGGUUGUAAACAUAAUAACCUCAAAGGAAAAAACCUGUGUCCUUUUAAAUUUUUUAAAAUUUGCCUGUCUAGUGGGCCUCCCAUCACCAGACCAGUGUACCCCAAGAAAGGCCUGGAACAUAAAAAGGAUUUCCAGCAACUCUUAUUUCAGGUACCAGGACAUUUGCAAAACAAUCCCGAAUCCCUCUGGAUGGAGCUGUCCUCACAGCAUGAAGGACUGGAAGAUUUAAUAAAUAAACAAAUGCAUCCUUUCUCCCAGGGAAUUCUGAUUCUGUCUAAAAGCUGGGCUGUGGACCUGAACUUGCGAGAGAAGCAGGCAAUCAUGUGUGAUGCCCUACUGAUAGUACGGAAUAGCCCUCCCAUGCUAUAUAGCAUUCUCAGGGAGCAGGAUGCAGCGGGGCAGGACUACUAAACCCACGCUGCCUUUACUUUGAAGCAGAAGCUGGUACACACAGGGGGCUACACCGGGAAAGUGCAUGUCAGGACAAAGGUCCUCUGUCUGAGUUCUGAGAGCAAUGCAGAGUCCUUGAAGGGUUUAGGCUCUAUGAUAGGUUACCCAGGGUCCUAUAACCUUGCAAACACCCAACAAAUGGAAGCCUUGCUGCAGUCCCUCGUAAUUUUCUUGCGGUUUCAAUCUUACUUGAGUGACCAGCUCAGGUGUGAGGUUUUAAAUCUGCUCACAAGAGGCUGGCUGGUUGCUCAAAAGAAAGAAAGAAAAGCAAAUCUGCUCAGAGAAUUGUUUGUGCAUGGCUUACCUGGCUCAAGGAAGACAAUCAUGGCCAUGAAGACCAUGGAGAAAAUCAGGAACAUGAUUCACUGUGAGGCAAAUAAAAUUCUGUACAUUUGUGAAGAAUAGCCUCUGAGGACCUUUAUCAGUAAUAUAAAUAUCUGCCAAGCAGUGACCUGGAAAACCUUCAUGAAAAGGAAAAAUGACUUUGAAAGUAUUCAGCACAUCAUCAUUGAUGAAGCUCAGAAUUUCUCUCAGAAUUUCUGCACUGAAGAUGGAGACUGGUAUGGGAGGGCAAAAUCCAUCACUGAGAGAGAAAAAGAUUGCCCAGGAUUUCUCUGGAUCUUUCUGGACUACUUUCAGACCAGCCACUUGGAUUGCAGUGGACUUCCCCCUCUCUUAGGCCAAUGUGUAAAAGAAGAGCUCACCAGAGUGGUCUGCAAUGCAGAUCCAGUAGCCAACUAUGUACAGGAAGUAAUGCAGGUAAUUAGAAUGAAUCCUCCACUUAACAUCCCUUCUGAGUCUCUGGAGAUGCUUUUUGGAGCUGAAUGGCCUAGGGGUAUUCAGGGAACCUUACAAAUUAAGAGAUACUUGACUUGGGGACAAAUAGUGAUUUACGUGGCAGAAACCUGCAAGCUUUUCUUUGAAAGAGGCUAUUCUCCCAAGGAUGCUGCUGUGUUUGUCAGCACUAUGAAAGAAGUGGAGCGUUAUAAGUAUAAGUUCUUGAGAGCAAUGAGAAGAAAACUGUCGUGGAGGAAAACUGUCGUGGAGCUCAAUGAUGCAUGCGAUAUGUUGGGUGAUCAUAUUGUAUUAGAUAGUGUCCAGCGAUUCUCAGGCCUAGAGAGGAACAUCGUGUUUGGGAUCCAUCCAAAGACAGUUGUGUCAGGUUCUAGUCUAACGGCUCUCUUUAUUUUACAGAACAAGAUUCCUGUUGGGAAAUUGAAUGGCUGCUGA